AUGACAACUGAAAAAGAAAAUGAACUUGAAUCAUCAUCUUUAACAUCAGAAGAAAACUUAUUGAAACUUGAUACAUUAACAUUAGAACAAUUUGCAAUUCAAUCCAAUCAAACUUUAUCAUCUAUUAUUGAAAAUACUACACAAAUAACUACAAUUGAUUCAACAUCAUUAACAAAUAUAGAAAAAGAAAUUAAUGGUAUAACAGAUAUAAAAUCUAAUCAAAUAUCAUUAUUAACAGAUUCUAAUCAAAUUUCAUCUAUACAUUAUAUUGAUUCAUCAUCAAUUGAAGAUCAAGAAACAAAAUCAUCAUUAUCUGAUAUAACAAAUUCUUUAAAUCGUAAAAUAUCAUUAUCAGAAUCGGAUUUACUUUCAUCAUUACAUCGAAAUAUAAAUAAACAACAAACAAUUGAUAAUCAAUCUGAUAAUGAUAUAAUAGAUGAUAUACUUUUUAUUGAAUGGGAUAAAGAACGAAAUUUAUUUCAAGAUUAUAUUAAUUCAUUACGUAAAGAAAUUCGUGUUCUUUUACAAGAACGUUUAGAUUAUCAAACACAAACACAUACUGAAUUUAAACAUACGAAUGAUCAUCAAAUAAAAAUUGAUUUAUUACAAAAAUCAUUAGAAGAAAAAAAUUUUAUUAUUGAACAAUUACAAAUUGAAUAUGAAUUAAUGAAAGAAAAAAAUAUUAAUUUAUCACGUAAAAUAUCUUAUUUAGAAUCUGAUACAAAAUCUCAAAUUAAUAUUAUUGAUGAAUUAAAACAAAAUUUAACUGAUUUAACUGUUGAUUUACAAAAUCAUAUACUUAUUAAACGACGUUUAGAAAUGUCAAUUAAUAAUUUAGAAAAUAAUUGUCAACUUCUUGAUAUUGAACGUAUUAAAUUAACAAAUGAUGUUAAAGAUAAUCAACAUAAUAAACAAGAUUUAGAAAAAUUAUUACAAAAAGCUAAUGUACGAAUUGCUGAACAAGGUUCAACAAUUGAAAUGCUUCGUUCAGAAAAUGUUCAAGUACGUUCACAAUUAUCAACAAUUCAACGUCGAAUGUUUCAAGAAAAACAACAAAUAAUGGAUUAUUUACGUCAAAUUGAAGAUGAUCUUAUUGAAAAAGAACGACUUAAACAACAUGAAUUAUUAUUACGUCAAGAUUAUGAACAAUUACAAUUAAUUAAUAAACAAGAUCAAUAUGAUAUUCAACAAUUAAAAAAUUCUAUUUAUCAAGAUCAACAAACAUUAGAAAAAUUACAACAAGAAUAUUCACAAUUAUUAAAAAUUAAAGAUAAUGAAAAAUUUCAAUUAGAAUUAGAAUUAAAUAAUUAUAAAUCAGAAAUAAAACGUUUAUAUUCACAUUUUAAUAUAAAUAUUGAUUCAAUUGAACAAUUAAUACCAAUUUUAGAAGAUCGAUUAUUACAGACUUCUCCUAUAUCAUCAACAUCAGAAUUCAAUAAUGAAUAUGAACAACUUCGAAAAGAUUUUGAAAAUUUAACUAUUCAAUAUAAACAAUUAGAUGAAGCUAAUCAAACAUGGAAACUAAAUCAAUUAAGAACAUUACAUGAUCGAUUUAAAUUAGAUAAUAUUAAUAAUUUAUCGUUUGAUGAUACUAUACAACAAAUUGAAAAUCGUUUCAAUGAUUUACAAAAUCAAUAUAAUACAAUUUUUAAUCGAGUCAUUGAAUUAGAAGAAAUAAGUACGAAACAAACCGGUGAUAAUAAUAUUCAAUCAAUUGAAAAUCAACGUAAUGAUGAACUUCAACAAUUACAAGAACAUAUUGUAAUAUUAACAACUCAAUGUGCUCAAUUUGAUGAAGCUAAUCGUGCAUGGCAACAAUUUCAACAAGCUCAACUUGAUAAUUUUCGAAAUAAAUUUAAACAUAUUUUAUUUAUUGAUAAUAAUUUAUCACUUGAUCAAAUAGGACAAUUACUUAUUGAUUUUAUUCAAAAACAAGAUAAACAUUCCGAAAUAUUAUUAUCCGAUUCAAUAAAACAAAUACAUAUGACACCAUCUGAAGAAGAAUCUAUUCAGAAUCUUAUAUCUGUUCAAUCAGCAUCAUCAUUUAUCGAUAAAGAUAUUGAAGAACUUCGUCAACUUCUUAAUAAUAAAUGUACUGAACUUGAUGAAGUUAAUCAUGCAUGGAAACAAUUUCAACAAGAUCAAAUUCAAAAUUUUAGAAAUCAACUUCAUGAUUAUUUUACAAUAGAUGAAAAUCUUUCAUUUGAUCAAAUACCUCAACUUAUUAUUGAUCAAAUUACUAAAGAUCGAGAUGAUUUUAAUCAACAAUAUGAAAUAUUACAAAAAACAAAUGAUGAACUUCGAUCAGAACAAUGCGAACAACUUGAUCAAAUAGAUAAAGAACUUAUUAUCGAAAAUGAAAAUUUAAAUAAUCAAAUGAAUGAUCGAUCAAUUGUUGUUGGUCAUCAUUCUGCAGCAGAAUCAAGUUUUCUUGAACAAGAAAAUUUAAUUCAAAAUAAUCAACAGUCUCAACUUCAAUCAAUAAAUAUUCCAAGUGCAAAUCUAUGUGAAACAAUUGAUAAAUAUACUCAAUACGAACACAAAGAACCAAAACAUAUUGCUACUGAAACAAUACCAUUAACUUAUAAACAUCAUCAUACACAAAUGGAUCCAAUUGAUAUAACUCAUCAACAAUGUCAAACAGAUAUAUCUCAUCAAUUUUUGCCUGUCUCAAAUGAUGAAGAUUCUUUAAAUACAAAUGAAAUUAAUAAUCAAUUAAAUGAAUAUAUCAAUGAAAUAUCUUUUCAAUCAUCAAUGGAUCUUUCAAAUAAUCUUAUUAAAGAAUGUCAACAAAUAUUAUCAAAACAAAAUUUAAAAUUAACAUCAAUUCCAAAUCUUGAACUUAAUCAUUUAUCAUUAAUAACAAUUUAUUUUCUUUAUCAACAAUAUUUAUCUGAUAAUGCUAAAGAAUUAUAUAAUGAAACUGUUUUACGAGCAUUACAACAAGAAUGUAAUUUAUUAACUAAUGAAAAAAAUGAUUUAAUUGAACGAAUAAAUUCUAUGCAAGAAAAAUUUCAAAAAAUUGAAUAUGAACGUUUAUAUUCAGAAGAAAUAAUUAAAAAUUUAAAUGAUAAAUUAAAUGAUAAAAAUUAUGAACAAUUAGAAAAAGAAUAUAAUCAACUUUUAAAUGAAAAUCAAUUAUUAAAAGAUUAUAAUGCACAAAUCUAUCAAGAUAAAUUACAACAUGAAAUUGAACAUGGUUCGGUCGAAAUCAAAUCAUCAAAUAAUGUUGAUAUUCAAUGUGAUUUAAUUGAUGAACUUCAAUUAUCAACUACAAAAGAAUCAAUUUUGAAUAAGAAUUUGAUUGAAGAGACUACAAAACAACAAAUACCAAUAGAAGAACAAUUAUCAAAUCAACAAGAAAUAAUUCGAUUAAAAACAAUUAUUGAAGAGAUUAAAAUUGAAAAUAAAAAUUUAAAAGAUUUAAAUUCACAAUUAUAUAAUUCCAUCAAUAAUCAAUCUCAUGGUAUUGAUAUACAAAGUUCUCUUCGUUUAACAUCAAUUGAUAAUCAACAACAUGAUGAUAUUCAAACAUCUUCUAAACAAAUGAUUGAUAAUGAAACUCAAACUGAUGAUCAACAACAUGAUAAACUUAUACAAGUUAAUAAUAAACUCAAACGUGCUCUUCAAACUAUUAAGGAGAAAAUUCAUCGUGUUGUUGUUGAACGACCUGAAUUAUUCGUUGAUUCCACUGAUGAUACUAUCGAACGACUUGAUCAUUUAAUUUCUGCUGUCGGACAUCAAGCAGCACAAAUUGAACUUUUAAAAACUGAACCAGUAGUUCCAUCGUCAAUACUUAGUGAACAAGAAAUAGAACAAUUAAUAGAAGAAAGAAGUCAACUUGAAGAAGAUAAAUUAUACAAUAAUCAGGAAAUUCAUAGUUUAAAAUGUCAAUUAGCUAAAUAUGAACAAGAAUUACAAGAAUCGAAUAAAAAAUAUUCUAAAACUUCAUCAAAUGUUGAAAAACAAGUUCAAGCAUCUUCUCGAGUCGAACAACUCAUUGAUAAUGAAACUCAAACUGAUGAUCAACAACAUGAUAAACUUGUACAAGUUAAUAAUAAACUUAAACGUGCAUUACAAACAAUUAAAGAAAAAAUACAUCAUAUUGUUGUUGAACAACCUGAAUUAUUUCAAAAUUCAACUGACGAUACUCUUGAACGACUUGAUCAUUUAAUUUCUGCUGUCGGACAACAAACAGUACAAAUUAAAAAUUUACAAAUUGAACAUGAUCAUAAACAAAAUGAAAUUAAUGAACUUCAAAGUUCUUUUGAAUCAUAUCGAUAUGAAAUUCAAAAUAAUCUUUCUAAAGAAGAUCAAGACAAAUCUUUACUACAAGAACGUUUAAAUGAGAUAGAACUUCAACUUAAAAAAACAUUAGAUGAUCAUUCAUCAACAAUAGCUAAAUUCGAAUCACUUAUUCAAAAACGUGAUGUUCUUCUUGAACAACAAAAUCUUCAAUCAAUAGAACAUCAACGAGAAGUUGAACAAUUACGAAAUGAACUAACAGAACUCAAACAAACAUUAAAUGAAGAAAUUAAAUCAUUGAAAGAAACUAUUCAACAACAAUCAGAGAAACUUACUCAAUUUAAUGAAACAAAUCUUAUGCUUUCAUUUCAACUUGAUACACAAAAGAAAGAGAUGGAAUUACAAACUAAUGAAUUGGAAAGUCUCACAAACAGAUAUACAAAACUUCUUGAAUCAGUAGCAAUUGAAAAAAUAGAUAAUGAAAGUCAAACAGAUGAUCGUCAACAUGAAAAACUAAUUCAAGUUAAUAAUAAACUAAAACGUAUUUUACAAACAUUCAAAGAGAAAAUUCAUCGUAUUGUUAUUGAAAAACCAAAUCUAUUUGAUGGAAUUAGUGAAGAAACAAGUGAACGUCUUGAUCAUUUGAUUUCAAUAGUAGAAAAUCAAACAACACAAAUUGAUUUUAUACAAACUGAACAUGAUCAAUUAGAAAAACAACUUCGAAAUGAAAUUAAAGAACUUCAAAGAUCUUUGGAAACAAGUCAAAAUGAACUUAAUUAUGAACGACAAGUGAGGUUCGAACAACUUGCAUCUGCUGCACCAUCUGAAGAUAUAAGUUCUUCGAUUGUCGAAGAUUAUCAAAAGCAGAUCGAUGAGCUACAACAAAAACUAUCUGAAAAUAAUGAAGAGCGAACUUUAUUACGUGAUCGUCUUAGUGAAGUUGAACUUGAACUGAAAGAAACAAAACAUACACAUGAACUAACAUCGACGAAAUAUAGAGAAGAAUUAUUGUCUCUCGUAGAAGAACGCAAUGAACUUCUUGAACAAGAAGCAAUGUCUUCAACAGAACAUGAACGUGAACUUGAACAAUUGAAAAAGAAAAAUGAUCAAAUACAAACAAUAACAUCUGGUUAUCACCAUGUAGAAAUUCAAACAAUUGAAGAUAUUGAAUCUUUGUACGAAAUACUUAAACAACAAACUGAAGAACUUAAUAUAUUAAAUGAAAAAAAUUUACAUCUCAUAUCUCAAGAUGAAUUCGAUAAACAUAAAAAAGAAAUUGAAGAACGAUUAAUUGAACGUGAGAAUCAAAUUGAUAAUCUUAUGCAACAACGUAGAAAACUUCUAGAAGAAAUAGAAAAAAAUCCUUCAGUAACAAUUCAAAAAAUAGAUAAUGAAACUCAAACAGAUGAUUAUAAACAUGAAAAAUUAGUUCAAGUUAAUAAUAAAUUAAAACGAGCAUUACAAACAAUAAAAGAUAAAAUUCAUCGAAUUGUAAACGAAAAUCCAGAUCUAUUCAAUGGUAUUAGUGAAGAAACAAAUGAACGUCUUGAUCAUUUAAUUUCAAUCGUAGAAAAUCAAACAAAAAAGAUUCAUAUCAUAGAAACUGAACAUCAGCAAGCUAAUCAACAAUAUCAACAACAAUUAAAAGAACUUCAAAGUUUGUUACUCACUAUUGAAUCUGAACUUGAUUAUGAACGUCAACAACACAUUUUAGCUACUUCAUCAUCUUUACCUAUGACUGAAGACAUCAGUUCAUCAAUUAUUGAAGAUUAUCAAACAAAAAUUAAUCAACUUGAACAAACACUUAUUGAAAAAGAAGAUGAACAAAUAUUACUUCGUGAACGUCUUAAUGAAAUUGAACUUGAAUUAAGAAAAAUAUUAGAUGAUCAAAAUUCGACAUUAACGAAAUAUGAAACACUUGUUCGAGAACGUAAUGUUCUUGUUGAACAACAAAAUCUUCAAUCAAUAGAACAUCAACGAGAAGUUGAACAAUUACGAGACGAACUAACAGAAUACAAACAAACAUUUAGAACAUCAAAUGAAGAAAUUAAAUCAUUGAAAGAAACUAUUCAACAACAAUCAGAGAAACUCGCCGAACUUAAUGAAACAAAUCUUAUGCUUUCAUUUCAAUUUGAUACACAAAAGAAAGAGAUGGAAUUACAAACUAAUGAAUUAGAACUUAUCACAGAAGAACAUACAAAACUUCUCGAAUUGGUUUUAAUUGAAAAAACAGAUAAUGAAAGUCAAACAGAUGAUCAUCAACAUGAAAAACUAAUUCAAGUUAAUAAUAAACUAAAACGUAUUUUACAAACAUUCAAAGAGAAAAUUCAUCGUAUUGUUAUUGAAAAACCAAAUCUAUUUGAUGGAAUUAGUGAAGAAACAAGUGAACGUCUUGAUCAUUUGAUUUUAAUAGUAGAAAAUCAAACAAUACAAAUUGAUCUCAUACAAACUGAACGUGAUCAGUUAGAAAAACAACUUCGAAAUGAAAUAAAAGAACUUCAAAGAUCUUUGGAAACAAUUCAAAAUGAACUUAAUUAUGAACGACAAGUGAGAAUCGAACAACUUACAUCUGCUGCACCAUCUGAAGAUAUUCGUCAACGUGAAAUUGAACAAUUGAAAAAGAAUAAUGAUCAAAUACGAGAAGAAUUUACUAAACCAAAACAACAAUUACCUGUUUAUCAACAUGUAGAAGUUCAAACACAUGAAGAUAUUAAUGCAUUACAUGAAUUAUUAGGACAACAAAUAGAACAAAUAAAAAUUUUAAAAGAAAGAUGUCUUUCACUUGCUAAUCAGAUUGAUUCUCAUACAGAAUUACAAACUGAAAUAGAACGUGAAAAAAAACAAACUGAUGAGCAAAUAAAUGAAUAUAAAAAUCAAAUAGAAAUUCUCAUGAGAGAACGUACAAAUCUUUUGCAAGAACUAGAAAAAUAUACUUUAUCAUCUAUACAAACAAUAAAUAAUGAAUGUCAAACAAAUGAUGAUGAUCAAUAUAAGAAAACAAAACGUUCAUUAAAAACUUUGAAAUAUAAAAUUUAUCGUAUUGUUAAUGAAAGACCAGAUCUAUUCGAUGGUAUUGGUCAAGAAACAAAUGAACGUCUUGAUCAUUUAAUUUCAAUAGUUCAAAAUCAAACAAUAAAAAUUAAUACAUUACAAACUGAACGUACUCUAAUCGAAGAACAACUACGAAAUGAAAUAAAAGAACUUCAAAAUCAACAUGAAAUUGAACUUAAACAAUCGAUUGAUUCUCAGAAUGUAGAAACUCAAACAGAUGAAGAUAUUCAAACAUUAGAUAAACAACUUAAUGAUCUGAAUGAAAAAAAUCUUAUUCUCUUAUCUCAAAUCGAAUCUCAAGAUGAACUUAAAAAACAAAAGAAAGAAAUUGAAGAGCAAUUAAAUGAAUAUAAAAAUCAAAUUGAAAAUCUCAUGAAUGAACGUCAAAAACUUUUAGAAGAAAUAGAUGAUGAUGAUGAACAUAAGAAAUUAAUUGAAACAAAUAAUACAUUAAAAUGUACAAUAGAAACAAUCAAUAAUAAGAUUAAUGAUAUUAUAACUACAAGACCAGAUCUAUUUAAAGAUAUUAGUGAAGAAACAAAUGUUCGUCUUGAUAGUUUAAUUUCAAUUAUAGAAAAUCAAACAAAACAAAUUAUUAAAUUACAAUCUGAAUAUGAUCAAGCAACAGAAAAAUAUCAAAGUGAAAUCAAUGAUUUACAAAAUUAUUCAAUAAUUGACAAUAAUACACAAAAACUUCAACUUGAUCAAAUAAGUCACUUAGAUGAUAAUGAUUUAAAUACUUGGUAUGAUGCUUCACCUGAUCUUAUGGAUAAAAAUGAAAUAGAACAACAAUAUCAUGAUGUUGAUAUUCAAUGUGAAUUAAUAAGUUCAACAUUAUUUGAACAAUUAAUUAAUCAAACAAAUUCACUUGAAUUUUCAUUUAUUGAAUCUCAAAUAUUAAAUAAUAAUUCAACUCAAACUGAAAUUGAUUCUGAAAUUCAAGAAAUAAAAAAUAAACUUCAACAAAUUAUUUUUGAAUAUUCAAUUUUAAUUCCUACAUCAAAUGAAAAUAUAUUUGAAAAUCUUAAUCAUAUUAUAUCAUUUAUUAAAAACCUUCAAAAUGAGAUAAAAGAAAUACAAAGUUCGUUUGAUACGUAUCGUAAUCAAAUUGAAUACGAACGUUUAACUAAAAUGGAAGAAUUAAUAUCACAUGAAUCAAAUCAUGUAUCUACUCAAACACUUGGUUUAUCAAUUGUUGAAGAACAUCAAAAAAAAAUUGAAAAACUUCAAGAAAAUGAAAUAAUUUUGCAACAUGAAAUCAAACAUUUAAUUGAAGAACGAGAUUUAUUAUCUCAAUGGAAACAAGAUGAAAUUAAAAAAAUGAAUGAUUUAAAAAUAUCUUAUGAAUUAGCUCAAUUACAACAGCAUUCAUCAUUAACAGUCAAUAGUAUACAAUCACAAACAAGUUUUGAUAUUGAUAGUUCUACUGAUUUGAAAAUAAAUGAAUAUCAAUCUCAAAUAGAUAAUCUUCUUCAUGAACGUAUAACUCUAAUGGAAAAAAUUAAAAAAGAAACGUUUCAACCUUCAAAAACAGAUGCUGACACUCAAACAAUCAAGGACAUUGAUUCGUUACCAUCAUCAUCUGAUCAGAAUAUUUCACGUCAUACAUUUGAACAAGAAAUGUUGGCAUGGUCAAAAGAAAGUGAACAAUUAAAAUGUUUUGUUAAACAAAUACAAAUUGAAAAUAAAAAACUUAAAGAUAUUACACUUAAAUUUGAACGUAUGAUACUUGAUUAUAUGCAUGAAAAUGAAAGACUUAAACAAGAAAAUCAACAUCUUUCAUUUGUAAAUUAUUCAAAAAUACAUAAUGAUAAACAAAAUUUUACACAAUCUGAUGAAGAUAUUUGUUAUUUAACAUUAAAAUGUUUAACAUAUGAAAUUGCACAAAGAAUAUCAAAUAAUAAUAAUAAUGAACAAUCAAUAAUAUUAACUUAUGAUUCAGAACAAGAUUUAAAACAACAAUUAAUUGAUAAUAAACGACAAUUGAAAAAUAUGAAUUUACAAAAUGAACGAUUAAAAAAUCAACUUGAAUCAUAUAUCAUACAUUUUAAACAUGUUCAACAUGAAAUGAGUAUUCAAAUUCAAGAAAUGUCAGUAAUUAAAGAUGAAACAGAAAGAUUGCGUACAAAUGAAACUCAAUAUCGUUUGGAAAUUGAUCGUCUUAAAUCUGAACUUCAUGAUGAUCAAAUAAAAAUUCAACAACUUGAACGUGAAUUAGCCAAUAUGAAAUUUAAACAAUCAAAUAUUGAUAAUAGUUCAAUAGAUAAUCUUCGUGAACUACUUGAAUUAAAAGAACGUGAAUUAAAUGCAUUGAAAGAAAAAUUAGAUUAUACAAAACAAACUCAUCAAAUUGAAUUACAAGAAGCAAUGAAAUCCAGCCAGUUUUCACUUAAUAAUGUCAAACGUUAUGAACAAAUGGAUUUACGUCAUCAAGAAAAACGACGUGAAUUGGAAACAAAACUUGGACAAUUUCGUUCGAUUGUUAAACCAUUAAUUGAUAAUCAACAAUUAUUUACUGAGAAUCCAAUAAUUAAUAUAAAUGAAUUAAAAAAAUUAGUUACUGAAGUUGAUACUGAAGAAAAAGUCACCAAUUCUCUUAGUCCAAUUCGUGAUUGUUUGAGUCUUUUGGAAGCUCAAAUGAAAGAUUUACAUCAUAAUAUAAUUGAAAAUCAUGCUCGACGCUCAAAACGAUGGAAAUAUAAAUUAGGAUUUGAAUGUCUUUCAUGUGAAAGUCGAUGGGAAGUCACACAUGAUAUUCGUGAUUUACAAGAAGCAUGUUUAGAUCCAAGUCGUUUUAUUGAAUCAUCAAUUGUUGAACCUAUGGCCGGAUGUUCAUGUCCAAUAAUGAUUGAUUUUAUUGAAAGUGAUGUUCGUCUAUGUUUAGAUGAUAUAUUAAAUGAAGUGAUCAUGAAAACAACAGUGACAUAA